AAUUCAGAAUCCGAUGAAAUAACCAUGCGACAGCUCGAAUUCGAUGAAAUAGGAUGAACUGAUACGAUGAGAUUGGUUGAAGUGCGUUAACCAACCAGAAACCAGGAAAGUGAGGAAACACGAGCCAAUGAAUACCCAGCCUCCUUGGAACCUCAAACAGCCUCACGUCCAUGCCUUGAUGCAACGCAAGAGACUUGUAGCACCAUGAGGCAGACAUUUGCUUUUGUCGUAAUCAAUCAAUCAAACAAACAAGUACACUGUUAUUAAACCAAGUGGUACUACUAGGAUUAAUGGAAUUGAGGAUUUCCUUUAUUAGCCGGGAAGUAAUAUCUGAUAUUAGUUCCUGGGAGCCACUCGCAUUAGAUAAUGUCUUUUCCUGUGGAGCUAAUUAGGCUCCUACUACUACUCCCGUCAGUCAUUCACUUAUCAAUAACAUCAUAAACGUUUUCCCAUCCAGCUAAGGGAGAGCAAAAACGAAAGGCACAUGAAUUUGUGGUAGUCGUGGACUGCAAUGCUACCCUCCUUUUUCAUCAAACCAAAAAGAGCCAUUUUCCCAAGCCUCGGAUUUGUGUGUGGCUCUCUUUUCUUAUCCCUAUAUAUCUCCUGCAACCUUUGAUUCUUCCAAACCCUUUGCUGCUGCACAUAGUAUGCCAUAUCUUCCUCAUUCGUUUCAGGUCAUUUCGAAGUUCCCCUGUAAACUAAAGGCAUUUCCUUGCAAUCUAAAGACUAUGUCAAGCCAAGAAAGUGGCUCACCUGAAUUCCCAACGUGGCCAGAGUACAAACUUCCGGAGUUGUUAUCUGCAGAAAGCAUUCGACAAGUCCAUGCAACGAUAGAAAGCGAAUGGGAUCCUCUUCAACGGUCUGCUUGCCAAACUGCAGCUGGAAGAGCCUUGUGGAAGCAUGUAGUCAAUGACCCGCUGGCAGACAUACUAGCAGGAGAGACGUACCUAAACUCUCUCCAUGAGAAGAUAAAGAAAGACUGCAUCAACAAGGCACGAGAGAUCUCUGGGGUAAUUCUUGCAGUUCGAACACUCUGGUUUGAUUCAAAACUUGAAGCAGCACUCCAUUCCUUUGACAACAGAGAAGCACAAGUAGUUCUCCUUGGUGCAGGAAUGGAUGCAAGGGCUUACCGAUUGAGUUGCUUGAAGGAAAGUAAUGUGUUUGAAGUAGAUUUUCCUGACGUCUUGCAAAUCAAAGCCACCCUUCUGCAAGCAGCAAUGGAUUCUACAAAUGAUCCCCGGUAUCUAAUGAUGACAGCAAAAUCCAUAAUCAGAGUGGAGGCUGACAUCAGAAGCAAUGACUGGCUCGAAAAACUUCAAAUAUCAGGAUUUAUGCCAGAGAAGAACACAGUGUGGGUUCUGGAAGGUAUCCUCUACUACCUAACCCACUCUGAAGCCACGGAAGUAUUAAAAAUCAUAGCAGAUAAGUGCUCUAUCACUCAAACAGUGCUGUUGGCAGAUUUCAUGAACAAGCCAUCAACAAGUCUUUCCAACUCCAUCUUUCAGUUCUACAGUGAUUGGCCCGAUCAUCUCCUCCCAUCUCUUGGAUUUUCUCAUGUUAAACUAUCACAAAUUGGUGAUCCAGAUGCUCAUUUUGGGCUCCUGCAUCAUCCCUUAAAUCUGUUCAACAGACUCCGCAGCUUGCCUAGAUCAGUACAAACACACCCAGAUGAUGGAACACCAUGUUGUCGCUUGUAUUUGGUUGAGGCUUCUGGUUCACCAAAGCAUACUAUUUCAUAAAUGGCCAGAAAUGUUUACUAAAUAUCUCCAGCUAGCUGCAUAUUUUGUCUAAUCAGUAACUAGACAGCCCAAUGAUGGUACACUGCUAUCACUUGGUGUAGGCAUCUGAUUAAACCUAGCUAUUAGAUCACUUUACAGGGUCCAACAGGCGUUAAUAAUUUGAUACCACAACCGUAAACUCAAGAUCAAAGGGGCAGAGGUAGCAUCAAUUUGUACUACUGUCGAUGACAAUAUAUUCCAUUUGGAUGAGAAACUGAACAUAACUAUUUAAGCAGUCAUACAAAUGCAAAAGCAAGCCAUGCAUAUAUUCAGGAAUAACUUUAGUUUGCUUAUUUACAGAAAAUUAUCAACAAUGAUCAUAAAGCAUAAAUAUUCUUAGGCAAAAGAAAUGUUAAGUUUCUUAGAACUGAAAUUUUUGAAUCUUGUAAAGCCAGCCAUCUAGCCAAAUAUAUCAAUCCAUGAUUUACUUCAACUAAGUCAGAAUGAUUUUGAUCAUUAAAUCUAAUUGAGUGAAUGCAACAAAUGAGCAAUUGAAAGUGCAAAAGGAAAACAUAUCAGGGAUUCAAGUCAUAUAAAAAGCAAGAGCAGAACUACCUGGAUAAAAUAUGAUUCUAGGAUGGAAUGCAUAAUUUGGUUACUUGACCAAUAUAUGUUGUGGGAAAAUAGAAAAAGAAAAAGAAAAUAAUUUUUCUAGAACAUAUUGUUUCAAGAAUAACUUAAGUUAACACAAUCAUGGUUCAGAUAUCUUAUGGUGACUGCAGGAUACAGCAUAAACUCAUUGACAACUGGCAAUUUCUGUUGUUAUACACUAGAUGACUACAACUCUAUCUAUUUAUAUUUUCUUCAAUAGGAGUCCUUUUACAGGAAAUAUAGAUGGACUUUCGCCUACACAUACACAAGAUCAACCAUGAUGCACCAGGAAAUGAAUUCCAGAAUCACAAAUCUCAGUUUAAAGUUGAACAAUG